AUGGUGAGUUUGAGUUUGACCAGUAAUCAUCUCAAUAUAUUGUUAAAAGUUUCAUUUUUUGGAAGUGCUAUUUGUUUCUGACUAAUAUUCGUUAAGUGCAAUUGGAUUUUUGGUGAUGGGUUAUAUAUUCAUUCUAUUUAUAGUAUUCUACUUAUUGUCAGCCGAGUCCUGUAAUUUAGCAUACACAUUUGCUGGACGGAAUGAAAAUCGUAUAAAGAAUUUCGGUAUCUUCACUAAUGCCGACCUAUAAAGAGCAACAAAUACUGGAUAAAGUAUGCAAAGUCACGCGACAGAAACAAAUCAAAUACUAUGAUUUUAUUCCUUUUUUCGAUUUUCAAUAUGAAAAAAAUAUUUUCAAUUGUCAGCCCUCCCACUUUUCACCUUGCUCCGCGGUCGCUGAGAUUGAGACAACAAUUAUCGAUCAGCACAGUACAAGGCCGUUGUUAUGGAAGAGAUAUAUCGAUGACGUGUUUUCCCUAUGGGACACUAAUAGAGAGGAAAUUAACAACUUCAUUGAACAUGCAAACAACUAUCACCCUACAAUAAAAUUCGCUGCUGAUAUUUCUGAUAAAGAAAUCAUCUUUCUUGAUACAUGCAUCUACAAAGAAGCAAGAUUUGAAAAGGAAUCUAUCCUUGACACGCGUCCUUAUUUCAAGCCUACUCAGACAUUCCAGUACACGCACUUUAAAUCCUGUCACCCACCCGGAGUCAAAAAAGGCUUCGUAAAAGGUGAAGGCCUGAGACUACUAAGAACUAACUCUUCAGAGGAGACUUUAGUAGAAAACAUAAGAAUAUUCAAACUACGCCUUCGAGCGAGAGGCUACCCGAACAACCUUAUAGACAAAACACUCUCGGAAGUAAAAUUCUCUGACAGAAAGAAAGCUCUCAAGAGGGUCUUAAUGGGGUUAACCGAUAGGCGUAAAACGGCCAAAAAUUUAUUCGAUAGCCGUAAAAAUUGAAAAAUUUUAACCGUUAUCCGUAAAUAGGGUAAGAAAGAGGUAACCGUAAAAGAAAUUGUUCCCUAGAUUUCUUGAUUGAUUUUAAGGAAGGUGCUAAACUCACUUAUGGUUGUGUUUUUUAUUUCCCGGCUACUUUGACUCCGUACGCACGUUAGGCCAAGCACCUUUCAGGUGUUGACCUAGACCUAUGCUGCAUUUCCGCCUCUCUCUCGAAGAACCAUGCUUUUUCCAUAAAGAAAAUCUGGCUUCUCACUGGGGAAUAAUAUUUGUGAUUUUCAGAAGGUCGUGCCCUCGAAAUACUAGUGAAACAACACGCAGAGAUGUCACUGUUUGUAAAACACGUUGCCGAUAAACAACAAUUCCCCGUUUUUCUCUGACGCCAAGGUAGACAGAGUCAUGCCUAGUCCCUGUACGGUGUCUUCCCAAGCCUUCUCGCUCAAGGCAUUUCGGUGGGGUAGCUGAGAGAAAAACUCGCUCGGACCACGUGACCCAAAACGCAUUAGCCGCGCGGAAUAAAGAGGCCUAUGGAUAAGGCAACGGCAGAUGGUCCUUCUGUACAGUCCUUCGCUAUCAUGAGAAACACUCGACACGGGAAUUUUGUCAUUGGCCGUUUUCACACUAUACCGGCCUAGAAAUGGAUUAUCCGUCUGAGACCAGCCUUUGUAAAGUUGCCCCCUCCCCCACAGAAACCCCUCUCCGAAUUAUCAAAUUGAUAACCCGUCUCAAACGAAUAAUCCGUCUCUAGUGUUAAAACAGCCAUUUCUGUUAAAAAUGAAUGUCGCGCCCCGGCCUUAAGUUGGGCGUUCGCGUGUCUGCUUUUGCUUUUACAGAGAUUCUUUUAAAUUGACUAUUGACAUUUCUAUGCGUAUAAUAAUAUUAGAAGUGAAAUACUUCAUAAAAAUUAAAAGUAUGAUCUAUCAAAUGUUAAAAUUUUUCAAAAGAAUAGCUUAUUUCAUCCCGAGUUGAUCCAAAGACCUUUAUUGUUCUUUUGAAGAUAGAAAAAAAAUCAGGUUUAUUAAUAUUUAACUCUUUGAAACAAAAGAAAUUAAUUUUUAACUUUUUUGUUAACCGUAACUGAAAAAAAUUACCCAAUCCAAUUAUUUCUUAUAAGAGAGGCAUUUCAUUAAGAGAUAUACUGGUUAGAACCAAACUGUAGCUAAUCUCUUUCACACUACGUGUAGAUAAGUAAUUACAUUCAUGCGACACGCUUGCUAGCCUCCCACGCAGGCGUUUUUAGGGGAGCUCGUAUUUCUUCCCUCCCCACAAACGCCUGCUCAACAGAGGACAACAUUCCUUUCCCAUUGUUGCAUUCGCGUGGUACGUGACCAAUCAACGGUUUUUAAAUAAAGUGUUGACAGGCUAAACAUGACUCAUAAGCUCGUGAUAGUGAAAAAACGUGGCCCAGAACGUGACCCUAGAGUUACCUUUUUCCUUCUUUUCUUUCGUUCGCUAAGGUUAUGCAUUGCACAGAGAAUUCUAAAAUCUGACUGAGCAAAUCUUACUUUUGCCGCUCUGAGACUAACAUUUAUUAGAGGUCAUGAAGGUUUCUUAACGUUUCAUGCAGAUCGCGUGAUUAUAGGGUUACCCUGCGGUCAAGGUCAACUUUCCAGAAUUUGGAAAGUACAACGUGAUUGGCAAAGCGUGGGAAAGGAAUGUUGUCCUCUGUUGAGCAGGCGUUUGUGGGGAGGGAAGAAAUACGAGCUCCCCUAAAAACGCCUGCGUGGGAGGCUACACGCUUGCGGGAUCUGUGAAUGGCCUGUCACUUUUUAUUUACCGCAGUGAUUCUUCAUUCGCAGUUCAAUUUAGCAUUUCAGUUUCGAAGACAAGGGCAAUUUUAAGCUCAUCGAAAUGCUUCAACUGCACAAAAGAAUGCCAGGGAUGCGAUCCGCUGAAUAUCAAGCGACAAUCCCGUGAAAAUUUUUCAUAAUUAUACAUAAUUAUGCGAAUGUUUAGACAAUCAACCAAUCAAAAUCACUACCCGCUUUUCGGGUAGUGAGACGGCAUUAACAGCCGGUCGAUUCAGACGUUACUGAGGGAGUAAUAAUGACUCGAAGCAAUCGGAUGAAAUUCAGGCUAACUUUAAACGUGACUUUCACAAUUCAAGUUUACAGUUAUGAGCAGUUAUGACUAACAAUAAUAAUGUUUAGUUAAUGUAACUUACACAAAGACUGUCCUAAAAGGCAUGAAGCCUUUCUUUUGCUCUUACUCUUUUCUCACGUACCGCGGGAAUCUUCGGUGUCGGCCAGAGGCCGAAGCCACAAGCGGCGACGCAAAAAAAGGCACUUUUCGUGGGUGUCACCAUAUAAAAAAGACUUGUCACAAACGUUAACCGGAAACACGGCAAGAAAAGUAUCUGGCACACAGGAAAUCUUUUUUUAUGAGAAAUAGCGGGUCCGUCCGUCCGUAAAUUUUUUUUGCUUUGGGUUUCACUUUGCAUUUUGUGGGGACAUUUUUCCUUGCCUCCCGUCACUUUUCUAAUAGUGCAUCCCUCACGUCUUUAGCAAAGUAAUCCGUCCCAUUCUUUGGCAACUUCAAACCUUGUUACAUGUCUUGACUAUCCUAAGAUUGACAAGUUUGACGAGACGCUCUUGAAUAUAAAGCAGUUAUGGAUCAUGAAAGUUUUGGAGCAAAAUACCUAUAGCUAUCUCGCUCUUGCUUAUGCCCAUUUUAGUGAUUAUAAAAAUGCCGUUGUCUACUACAACCUACUUCUUACCGUUGCUGAAAGCUUAGAGGACAAGCGUGAGGAAGGAAUCCCGUAUGCAGGUCUUGGUAACACUUGGUUCCGCCUUGGUGAUUUCAGAAAGUCCCUGGAUUAUUACAAAUGUGCCCUGAGCAAUGCCGAAGAUCUGACAGACAAGUUAAAAAUAGCCAUUGCCUAUGGAGGACUAGGAAAUGCUUCCCAAGCUCUUGGACAUACUGAAACCGCGAUCAGCUACCUUGAACUAAGUCUUGACUACGCAAAAGAUAUAGGAAACAAAAUUGAGAUGGGAAAAACAUACAGCACGCUUGGCUAUAUUUUUCACAGCCUUGGUGACUUCAAGAAGUCCAUAGAAUAUCAUAACAGACACCUUGAUAUUGCAAAAGAAGUCGGAGACGUGGUCAGACAAAGUGAGGCAUAUGGUGGUCUUGGCAAUGCUUUUGACAGUCUCGGGGAUUUCGAAAAGGCCAUUGGUUACCAUGGCCAACAACUUGGUAUUGCUAAAAAAGCUGGAGACAAAGUUGGUGAGGCAGUUGCAAAUGCAAAUCUUGGCAACGCUUAUUUCAGCCUUAAUAACUUCAAGAAAGCCCUCCACCACUAUGAGCAGCACCUUCGCAUUACUUUAGAGCUGGGCGAUAAGGCUGGGGAAGGAGGUGCAUAUCUUCAUCUCGGCGAAAUUUGUGAAACUUUUAACAACUACACGAAAGCCAAGAAUUACUACAACCGCUGCCUCCUUAUUGCUGAAGAUUUGGGAGACAAGGCUAGGACAGGGUAUGCCUGUGGCGGUUUAGGUGGGGUUUUCCUGCAUUUUGGAAAUUGGGAAAAAGCUGAAGAAUUUGACAAAAAACAGCUUAGAAUUUUUGAAGAACUUGGAAACAAACGCCAUGUAGCUCUUGCUCACCAUGGUCUUGGCCAAUGCUUUGAGUUAAUGGGACGUCUGCCCAUAGCAGUCGAAAAUUACCAAUCAGUAAGCAGCAGUGGAGCUCUAGUAGUAGGAGAUCCAGACAUGAGUGAAGUUACCAACAGCCUAGGAGAUCCGAUCCUGGAGCAGCUUCGUUUUGCCAGACAAGAAGCACAGAUGAUCGGGCAGAUUCUUAAUACGGCACCUCUCACUGGAAAAUUAGCCACCAAAUGUGAAGUGCUAAAACAGAUUAGUUCGGUUGCGGUAAUACACAUUGCUGCACAUGGGUGCAUGGAAACUGGAGAAAUCGCCUUGAGCCCGAAUCCUAAACGGAGAUCACAGAUCCCUGCAGAAGAAGAUUACAUCUUGACAAUGUCCGACGUCAUGAGUGUGAAGUUGCGAGCCAAGCUGGUAGUUCUCAGUUGCUGUUACAGUGGUCGAGGAGAGAUCAAAGCUGAAGGCGUGGUAGGUAUUGCUCGUGCCUUUAUGGGUGCUGGUGCUCGUUCUGUUCUGGUAACGCUUUGGGCCAUAGAUGACGAGGCCACGUUGGAGUUCAUGAAAAACUUCUACCACAACCUUGUUGAAGGGCGAAGUGCGAGCGAGUCCGUUAACCACGCCAUGAAAUUUCUCAAAGAAUCUGAGAAGUUCAGCGAUGUAAAAUACUGGGCACCUUUUACACUUAUUGGCGAUGAUGUCACUCUCUCGACAAACAACAAGAAAUCAGACGCUCCCAGAGAAACUCAAGAGACAGAUAGAUGA